UCUCUCUCUCCUCUCUCUCUCUAUCUCUCUCUCUCUCUCUCUCUCUCUCUCUCAUUGCUUCCUCCGCCGGUCCGCCGCCCUCCGCCGCCACGGUUCGCCGGAGCGAGAAGUCCCUGUUUUCAACUCGGCUUAGGUUAAUUGCUUUUCCCCUGUCCCGCGCAGAUUCCUCAUUCACUGUUCUCUCGAACCUCACGAUCUGCAGAUUUUCCGAAUUUUGAAUCUGAGAGGUGUCCUUCACUUGCCCCUGGCAAUUCGAGGAUUCUCCUUUCACUUCCGGAGAUUUUUCAAUGUGGUUUUGACUGUUCAUUUGUUUUAGAAAGUACUUUCUAUGCGUGAAGGUGAAGAACCUUCGACCUGCUUCGACAAAAUAGGUAGAAGCUCACGGGCAUCACUGGUCCAACCUCGGUGGAACAGUUAUUCCGAUAUUCGAAAAGGGAUUUCUUUAUAUGAUCGUCUCUUUGCGUAAUUAUUUUUCUGGACAUUAUUGAGGCGCGUGAAAACAAGUUGCUUGGAAAAGUUAUCGCCAUCCAGGAAAGAGYCAGGUUUUCAAAUCUCAAAAGCAGCAGAUUACAUGCACCACGCUGUCACCUACCUGCAUUACAUGUUGGUUUGAACCAUGAGAUAUGGUUUAUACCACUUCCUACAUCGAGUUGAUUUAGAAAAUCUUUUGCUAUCUUAUGUAAAUGGCAUCAUCUCUUCUGUUGAUUCCUCCUCGUUUUUGGUUACUCUGUAGAAUAAAAAUGAAAACAGAAUUGAUGGUUUGGUAAAAUGAGUAGUCCACGCUUAAGUUGAAUUUGGAAUCCUCUAGGCAAGCUCUGGAAACUUGAUAAAAAUAUUUUAGCAGAAGAAAUGUCUGAAGAGACUGAAUCCAAGAGAAGGUCACCCUGUCCUGUUGCCAAGUUGAUGGGUCUGGAUGGGCUGCCAGUGCCAGUUCGGCAGUCUUCUUGUAAACAACAGAAGAAUACACAAGGGAACCAUCCGCAGAGGACAAUAUCAUCUGAGAAAUCUAGGGGUGUUACAUCUGAUGACAAUUGGUUGUAUGCACGAAGUUCAAGGCAACAGCAAAAUUAUAAGGAUGUGUUUGAGGUACGGGAAACAUUCAUAAAGGAAAGCAGUUUCUCAGUACCCAAGGUUGCAAAUCUGAAGCCUGCUCGAGCAGAGUUGGAAUUUAUUCAGAAGAAGUUCAUGGAUGCCAAACGUCUCGUGACUGAUGAGAAGCUACAGGGUUCCAAGGAAUUUUGUGAUGCAAUUGAAGUGCUGGAUUCAAACAAGAACCUUCUACUGAAAUAUCUCCAGCAGCCAGAUUCUCUGUUCAUGAAGCAUCUGCAUGACAUAAGUGAUGUUCUUCCCCACUCUAAUCGUAGUCAUAUGGCAGCUACGAAGUCAUCUGAUGAUGAAAAUCAUGAGUGCUAUGACUAUGGUAGGAAGUUAGUGAGAAGAAAUCCACGUAAGAAGCACACAAAAUCUCGCAAACAGUGUAGUGGCCAUAUCAGCACUUCUGAUUGUAAUUAUGUUGCCAAAAAUUCUGUUAAGAGUUCAAGAAUUAAAUUGGAAGACAAUGAAGGGCUGGCCAUCUUCCCCAAAAAAAUUGUUGUUUUGAAGCCAAAUCUUGGAAAGGCACAGAAAUCUUCCAGCAUUGUUAUACCUUCUUCACAUGCUUUUCAGUCUGAUUGUAGGAAAGGAUCAGAAUUUGAAAGGAUAGGGAACAACGGGACAGAAACUUUCAGAACGAAAAAUUAUCAUGAUGAUGUAGGGUUAUCUAGGCAUGACGUUAGAUAUUCUAAAGAAAUUUCCAAGAAGACUACUGGGCAAGUAAAAGAGAACUUUGAUUAUGGUUCCAUGAGCUCAUCUUUUGGAAUAAUCAGACGUGAAAGGGAUGGGAGUUCUUUCAUUGGGAAUGAUAUAGAUGCUGGAAAAUGUAAAUCCAGUGAUAUGUUUGCCUUAAAUGGUCAAUGCCCGUCUUCAUCAUUUCGUUAUAAAAGGUCAUCCUUGAGUGCAGAGGCUAAGAAGAGACUUUCAGAGAGGCGGAAAACGACUUGUGACUCCCAUGACACGGGAGGGGUCAGUAGGAGUUGCACACUGGCUGAGAUGCUUGCCAUGCAUGAUAAGGAAAUUACUCCUGCAUAUUCGGAACCAAGGUUUGGAGGGGGAUCCAGUGCUAAAAUUUUUAAUGACCAGCGUGUUGAACCUUUUGGUAUAAGCAGUAGGGAUGGCUGGAAGGACAUCUGCUUAGCAAAAUUAUCUAGGUCAAGAUCUCUUCCUGCCUCAUCAACUGCCUUUGAAACUCUUAAAAAAAGGCCCGAGUUUCUGAGCAUGGAUCAACUUGUGAUGCCAAAAGAGGCCUUCGAGUGGGAAAGAAAGGAGACAAUUAGCGAGAGUUUGUGCAGAAGGGAAUAUAUAGCCCGCAGAAACUCUAGAUCUAGUAGAAAGAAAACUCAUAGUUCUAUCUGUGCAUUUGGUGAAUAUAACGACCCUGUACUAGAAAUUUGCACUAGCCAGAAUCAAGACAGUGAUUUUAAUGACAAUGAUCCAGCCGAAAGAAGUCCUCUGGUUGAAGAAUCAACAUUUUGCCCUGUGACGGAUGAAACUCAUGUUCUUGAAAAUUGGAUAGAUAUGAGAGUGAAAUCCGAUGAAGUGAUUGUAGCAUCUAAUGAGGAACUCCAACCUCAACUAUCUGUUCAUUCAAUGGUAGAAUAUAGUUCUUGCUCUGGCGACCAAGAUUGUUUUAUGUCCAAGGAAUUGUCACCUGAGGCAUCGGAAGAUACUUCAUUCCAUUUAAAAUCUGUACUUGGAUUAGAGUCUCCUGCAAGCUCGAAGGAAGCUGAUCAACCCAGUCCAGUUUCAGUUCUGGAACCUCCUUUUACAGAUGACCCACCUCCUGGUUCUGAUUGCUUUGAGAGCCUCAGUGCUGACCUCCAUGGUCUUCGAAUGCAACUCAAGUUACUCAAGUUAGAGACAGAAUCUUUUGCCGAAGCGGAAGAACCCGAGCACAUCCCAAGUGAUGAGGAUGGGGAGGAAGGAUCCAUCGCUUUCCCAGAGGAGAAAUAUGCAUGUAAAGCUGAAGGUAGCUGGGAGCUUUCAUAUCUAACUGAUGUCUUACACAACUCAGCUUUUAGAGAUACUUACCCCGACAUGUUCGUUGCAAUGUGGCAUUCUCUGGAGUGCCCCAUCAAUCCUUCUACAUUCAAGGAGCUUGAGAAGAAGUAUGCCGAUCGGUCUCCUCAACCAAGGUCAGAAAGAAAGCUACUUUUUGACCGUAUAAAUUUAGGAAUUUUGGAUAUUUACCAAAAGUUCACUAAUCCUUGUCCAUGGGUAAGGCCUCCAACAGUUGAAGUAGGGUAUAAUGAAGGGCUCUGCAAUAAUUUGUCUAAGUUUCUAGCUAAGCAAGUGAAGAAAGUAGAUGAAGACAUAGUAGAGAAGGUGCUGGAAAAGACAACUCAAUGGUCGGUGUUGGGGUACGAUGUCGAUGUAAUAGGCAAGGAAAUUGAGAGACUAAUGGUAGAUGAACUCGUAACCGAGGUAGUCGAGAUGUAUCUGUAGAUGAUGUAGCUUUCAUAUAAUCUCUUAUGUCGAAAUAAGAUAUCAAAGCCUUUAAACAA